UAAUUGUAAAAAAUGCAAUUUUGGUCUGAGUCCCUGCUGCGCGUGCCGACUUGUCGUUUAAUUAUAUAUAAACAUUUCAAAUUUACCUUAUCAUACAUGUGGUUAGAAAUCUAGUUAAUAUUGUAGGAUAUUUUAUUUCCUAAAAUGAAUCUCCAUUGCCCAUCAUUUAUCAAAGUCGGAUUUAAAGUCGGUUUUACAUAAAAAUAAGGAAGGAAACAAUUUAGUUGUGUUUGACUUUUCUAACACUUGAGGGCGUUUCACGAAUUUUAGUGAAAUCGAAACUAGAAGAAUGGCAGAAGGGAGCAAUUUUCAAUCGUUAAAAGACGGUUCUGAUGCAGAUUAUGAAUUCACGUGUACACCUUGCAGCAAAGACAAUAUUAGAGAAGAGGCCGACAAGUAUUGUCCUGAGUGUCACGAAUAUUUGUGUAAGACAUGUACAAGAUACCAUGGUCGACUUAAUGCUACACAACAACAUAAACUGUUGGAUAAAAAUGAUGCCAAUCGAGGCUUACAUAUUGCUGGGACUAAAUGCCAGUACCAUACUGACCGAGAUAUUGAAAUGUACUGCAAAACACAUGAUAUGGUUUAUUGUACAAUGUGCAUUGCAACAGAACAUAGGUCUUGUAAUGGAGUAAACAAGAUUGAAGAUUUGUCCAAACAAUGCGUAACCCAAACGGAGAUUCAAGCCCUAUUAGAUGAGACAAAGAAUGCACAUGACACUGUGAAGUCCCUGACAGUAAAACAGAAACAGAAUUUAACUGCAAUAGACAAACAGAAUGAAGCUUGUGAAGAGAAACUAGAUGAUACAGAGACAAAACUUGUAGAACAUAUUAGAAAAUUGAAAAGAGAGACAGCAAAAUGUUUAAAUAAUAAAUAUUCUACACUGAAGGAGGACCUCGUGUCUUCUAUUAGUGUGUCAGGUCGAACAGCUGAAGACUUGAAGCAAACUACGGAACAACUGCAUAUGAUUGAUAGUCUGAACUUAGAGCAGCAAUUUGUGAGAAUGAAGUUGAUGAAGAAGACUGUCAAAGAUGCAAAUACUUUUAUAACAGAGGUCACGGCAGAAGGUACAAAAUUUAUUGAUUUUACUGUAAAUAAAGAGCUGGCAGACAUCACACAAGUAAAUUCUAUAGGUGACGUGACAACCGGAAUUGUGGAUGAGCAGAUUGUAAAACAGAGGCAGUACAAAAUAAAGUCAACGAAAAAGAUCAAUGUGAAGCUGAGUAAUGACAAUUUGAAUUGUUACAUAUCUGAUAUAUGCAUACUUCCUGAUGGUACGAUCCUUCUGACUGAUUGUUUCAAUACCAAAGUGAAAAGACUCAACACUAAUAAUAGUGUAGAAAACGUCUAUUUUGAUGCUAGGCCUACAAGUAUAUGUUGUGUUAGUAACAGCGAAGUGGCUGUGAAAUUAAACAACAUGAAAAUACAAUUUUUUUCCAUUGGCUCACCUCUGUCCAAAGGAAAAACUAUAGAUAUAAUAAACGGUGGACAGUUUGGAUUAACAAUGUGUUGUGGUGAUCUAUGGUCAUCAGUCUUAAAUGGUGUUAACGUGUACAGUACUUCAUCUAAACUUGUUAAAUCUAUCGACAAAGAUCAAAACGGGAAGUCUAUAUUUAAAUCCAAUGUUCAGCAUAUGGCUGCCACUUCUGACAUAGUGGUCGUGACAGAUAGAUCUGAUGGAGCUGUUUGUCUUAACAAGGAUGGUACGGUCAUUAGAGAGCUGAGAGACAGUAGAUUGAAGGAUACUCGAGGUGCAUGUAUAGCUGAUGAUGGAACGGUAUUCCUUUGUGGAUAUCAAUCUAACAACAUCGUUAUGUUCAACAGGGAUGGCCAUUGCCUCAGAGAACUAAUUGGGAAAGAUUUUGGCUUGAAAAAACUAGUCAAUAUGUGCUUUGAUGGGAAAAGAAAUAGGUUAAUUGUUACAUGUGACGACACAAACACUCUAUUUGUAAUUGAAUUCGACUGCUAAAAAGUCGCAUUAUUUUCAGCUCCAACUGAUAAAGAAAAACUUUGAUAUUAUACGAACGUCUGAAGUUAAUUAAUAAGAAGAACACAGAUGUGAAUCAAUCUACUUUAGUCUAAGAACUGGUAAAUGGCGGGAAUUGCCUGCCUUAUAUAUAAGCUGCCGAUUCAGGCAUUGAUGGAAUAAAAGUGUACUAACAUAAUUAUUAAGGUAAAUUUAUCAGGUUAAACUGAUAUCAUUACAAUAUAGAAUUCUGAUGUCUGAUGACGAACAGUCUCUAGAAAUAAUUUUCCUCAGUUAUUUGGCUAUAGUUGCUAAAUAAGUACCAAUGUUGUUUAGUAUUUGUUUGGUAUCGAUGGCUUUAAUCAAUUGAAUAUUAAGAUAUUAACUCUUACAAGAAAAUCAACAUGCGAAUUAUUUCAAAUGCUAUUUCUGUGAUUUAGCGAUUUUAAUUUUGUUAUCGUUCGUUUAAUAUUAUUAUUUGAAGGCAGAUAAUUUGCAGAUUAACUAUUUAUAGUAUUCUUUUUCUGAUAUCAAGGUUUUAUUCUAACAUUGCCAUUCCCAUUAAUACUAAAUGCUGUUUGGAAAAAAAGAAAACAUACAUUUAAAAAACAAACAACUUUUAAACCCUUUACGAAUGUUCUAUGUUACAUCAAUAAAUCUAUUAUUCUAACAAGAAA